AAAACUUCUCGGUUACAUAAGAAAAAAAGUUCUCGAAAGACAAAAGAAAAAAAGAGAAAAAAGUUCUCUCCUCCUCUCCGCCGAUUUCGUUGUCCGUCGACCCUUUGUAUCUCCGCCGAGCUAAAGUAACCACCGUCGCCGCCGUGGCUAGUGCUAUUCCGACGGAAAUCAUGAUUGAGUUUCGUGCUGGUAAGAUGACUUUGCAGGGAACAAGAGUUGUCCCUGACACACGGAAAGGACUUGUCCGCAUUGCUAGGGGUGAAGAGGGACUGGUUCAUUUCCAGUGGCUUGAUCGAAGCCAGAAUGCGGUAGAAGAUGAUCAAAUUGUUUUCCCUGAUGAAGCUCUAUUCGAAAAGGUUAAUCAAUCAUCAGACAGGGUGUACAUUCUGAAGUUCAACACUGAUGACCGCAAGUUCUUCUUUUGGAUGCAGGAGCCGAAAGCUGAAGGUGAUGCAGAGCUGUGCUCUUCGGUCAAUCAAUACCUCAAUCAACCACUAGAGUUUCUCGAUGAAGAAGGACAUGCAGAUGCUGUCCUGGCCGAAGAUGAUGUUUCAUCUAGAGCUGGAAACUUGGUUGUACCAAAUGUGUCUACAGAGGUUAGUGACGUGUCAUCUUCGUCUCAACCAGUUAAGCUGGCAGACCUGCAAAGAAUUCUGAACAACCUCUCUUCUGGCCCUGCAGGUAUUGCGGGAAAUGAAGACGAAGGCCUAGUAUUAGGGGAUAUCUUGAAGCCGGAGUUGAUUAUGCCAUUGCUUGAGAUGUUACCGGUACAAGAAAGAUUGUCUUCGCAUUUACCUGAGGGUCACUGUAGGGCAGAAGAUAUACUGGAGUUGAUGCAGAGCCCUCCUUUUCGUCAACAAGUAGAUGCAUUUACCUAUGUUCUUCGCACAGGACAAAUAGAUUUGACUCAGUUCGGUAUUGACCCAAGUAAAUAUAAGUUCACAGUUGACUCAUUCCUAGAGGCACUUGAGGACUCGGUUUCAAAGGAUGCAAUGGAUGAGAGUUAAUCUUUUCAUAUUCUAAUGAUUUUGUUCCAACUUGGGUACAUCUCAACUAAGAAAAUCAUUUUCGUUUGAUGAAUUUGGAUUCAUGAAGUUUUGUUGAAGUCUGUGUUGGCAAUUUAUUUUGCCACAAGGAGGGCUCAGGCAUUAAAUUCAGUUUACUAAGUAAGGAUUUAGUAUUUGCAUUGCAUAUGAGAGAAAACUAUUAUGAUUU